AUGAAAACACUUCAAUGUUCUUCAUCUGGGUUCUUCGUUUCUCGUCCAAAGAUUGAAAUGAUGCAUGAAAAAGCAAUCCUUGAUCCCGGUGGAGAAAUGGAAGUAAGUUUCGAAUAUCAAUGCAACACCACCGAUGGAUACGACAUUCCCACCGGAAAAAAGCUCGUAAGAAACAACAGUUCUUUCACCUGCCUCUCAGGAGCAGCCAUUAGCGCGAAUGCAACAUUAGCAAACACAAAUAUCUGCAACGGAUUAAUCAGUUCGGAAAUUCUCCCAUCAAUCGAUUCCCCCAAAUCAUUUCGAAGAAUACCCUCUUCUCCGUCGUUCUCAAAAUUAGAUCUACUAUCGUCUUCUUUCCAAAGCAGUAUGUCUAAUUUGAGUUGCAGUCCAUCUACCCCUGAAAAUCUCGAUUUCGAUUCGUUUCUAUCAAAACCCUUGAGUUUACCUUCGAGAAGCGAAGAUUUUCUUAACGCGAUUGAAGUUCAAGUCGCUGGAGGUGCCGCCGGAGAAGAUAGGGUUCAGGCGGUUUGCUCGGAGGAGAAUGGUUGGCUUUUCUGCGCGAUUUAUGAUGGGUUUAAUGGACGGGAUGCAGCCGAUUUUUUAGCGGGUACGUUUUAUGAAACGAUUAGGUUUAACCUAAAUUCAUUAGACAUCGAUUACUCCAACGAAUUUACAAAUGGGUUUGACGAUUACUUUCUUGGAGAUGGUGACAUGGGGGUAAUCCCCCGCCGACCUAAAAAUCAAGUUCUUGAAAGCUUACAACGUGCGCUCAAUCAAGCGGAAAAUGAUUUCUUGUAUAUGGUUGAACAAGAAAUGGAGGAUCGACCAGAUAUAGUUUCAGUCGGAUCUUGUGUUCUUGUUGGCCUUAUUCAUGGGUUGAAAGCAGUGCAGUUAACAGAUAGUCAUACAGUUGAUAACGAAUUUGAAAGAAGCCAACUUGUUAGCGAACAUCCUGAUGAUCCAAAAACAAUCAUGCAUGGAAAAGUGAAAGGAAAGUUGAAGGUUACUAGGGCUUUUGGCGUUGGGUAUUUGAAAAAGAAAGUUCUGAAUGAUGCUUUGAUGGGUAUUCUUCGUGUUCGUAAUCUUCUAAGUCCUCCAUAUGUUUCUGUCCAACCAUCCUUGUAUAUGCAUGAAAUUUCAAGUUCUGAUCAUUUUGUGAUAUUUGGAAGUGAUGGGUUAUUUGAUUUUUUCACCAAUGAUGAAGCUGUGAAGCUUGUUCAUUCUUACAUAUCCACCAAACCAUCAGGAGAUCCAGCCAAAUAUCUUUUGGAGCAGCUUGUUCUCAAAGCCGCUUGUUCUGCAGGUUUUAGUACGGAAGAGCUAAUGAGUGUCCCGGCUGGGAGGAGAAGGAAAUAUCAUGAUGAUGUGACGGUUAUUGUUAUAAUCCUUGGUACGAAUAAGCGCACCUCAAAGGCCUCAACUUGCAUAUAAGUUUGUUCCCAUUAUUAUAGUCAUAGCUAGUGACGUACAAUUUUGAUCAAAACGAUAUUAUUUUGCAGUGUUUAGUGGUUUUAUUGAUUGUUGUUGAAUCAUUUUAUGGAGUUUGAUAUGUUGGUA